AUUGAACUAAUAUUUUCUUACAAAAUAUAAUCAAUCAUCGUUGUCGUCGCUAUAUCAAAUGAAUCAUAUUUCCUUAGAAUUCUCACAAAUCUUCGAUAAAAAAGAAAAAAGAAAAACUAAAAAAUUCCCUUAUUGCGUCCACGAACGAUCCCCGAAGGAAGAGAGAAAAAAGGAAGAAAAUUCCUUCAUACGUCGACCAACGAUCCAUUAGCACGAUCACGAAGCAAUUGAAACAAGAAACGAAACGUAGAGGUUGUUUAACGUUGGCUGAUAAUGGAAAUUAGAAUCGUGGUAGGCUGGUAGAAUGCGUAUCGUUCGACCUCUAACCCUGCUUCGUUCUCCCUCUUUGUCUCUUCUGUCGCUUGCCAAAGAUUCCCCUGUUGAAAAGUAACUGGUUUCUUGGAUAGUCGAGUCACAAGCGUUUCGAGAUCAAACCGGGAACGAGCGUGUGCCGCUGUUACACGUUCGCGUACGUUCGUCGUUUGCAACGACAAAUCGGUGAUAAGGGUGAGCCGAACGAUCAACGGUCAGUCGAGGACCGAUCGAUUCCGGUGUUGGUGGAUUCUGAUGCAACGCGACGAAGACGAUUUGUAACGCGGGAACCGUCGAGACAGAGGAUCGUGAAAGCCAUUGGUGUUGUCUUUCGAAGGAAGUUGUUGGGAAAGGAAGGACAAGAUGAUGGCUCAAUUCACCAAGAGGCAAUGGCUCACACUGAUCGUCAUCAGCAUCGCCGAUUUCGCGAACGCGAUCUGUGUAUCGCUACAGGCGCCGUUUUAUCCGCAGGAGGCUGAGAAAAAGGGAGCAUCCCCAUCAGAAUAUGGAUUGGUCUUUGGAAUUUUCGAGUUCAUCGUCUUUAUCAUCAGUCCCGUUUAUGGACAAUACUUACAUCGAAUCGGACCAAAACUAUUGUUCAACGGCGGCAUCCUGACGACAGGAACCUGCGCCAUCGUCUUCGGUCUGCUGGACAAGGUGAACGGCCAUUAUCCCUUUAUAGUCCUUUCGUUCGUGAUUAGAAUCGUCGAGGCUAUAGGAAAUGCGGCAUUUCUCACUGCCAGCUUCGCCAUUAUCGCCAAGGAAUUCCCGGAUAACGUCGCUACCACCUUUGCCAGCUUGGAAACAUUUUUUGGCCUGGGUCUCAUUGUCGGACCAACUGUUGGCGGUGCUCUUUAUCAGGUCGGUGGAUAUACGACGCCAUUUGUUGUCUUAGGAUCAGCCCUCUUUACGACUGCAGUUAUGACCAUUUUUAUCCUACCGGUUCACACUAACAGCAGCGAAGCAGCUCACAGUACAAUAGGCGUGACGAAGGCGUUGAGAAUUCCAGGCGUAUUGAUCGCCACAUCAUCCAUAAUCGCGACAAGCAUGAGCAUAGGAUUUUUACAAGCUACCCUUGAACCACAUUUAAGGCAAUUUAACUUGAGCCCUAUCGUUCUGGGCUUAAUGUUUGUCAUUAACGGUGGCAUUUAUGCCAUUACCGCUCCUGCGUGGGGUUGGCUCUGCGAUAAGCAUUCACAUCCAAAAGUGGCCACCGUAGCCGGAUGCAUUCUCGUGGUUGUAGGAUUUUGUUUAGUAGGUCCAGCACCUUUCAUACCGUGUUCGACUAUGCUUUGGAUGACAAUUUGUGGUCUGGUAGUUCACGGCUUAGGCAUGGCUGCACAACUGGUUGCCAGUUUCACGGAUGCAUUGAGAACAUCGAUACAAUACGGAUUUUCAAAUAAUCUGGAGACCUAUGGCCUGAUCAGUGGACUAUGGACCAGCACGUUUGCUCUUGGAGCAUUUAUUGGUCCAAGCGUAGCAGGAAUUUUACUGGACAAUAUUGGAUUUCGAAAUGCUACUAUGUUCAUCGUGUUUCUUCACAUGCUUGUGGGCGUGAUGGCGGCUGUGUUCUUGAGCGUUUGCACACAAAGACAUAAACCAUACACAGAGAUCAGCACGACGGAAGACUUAAGGAUACCGUUGACGGACAGCGAGCGUUCGCGGAGCGGAAGUCAUCGUCAUGUUCGCGGUCAGGGCGUGCCGAUCGAUAGGCCCAGCGGCAUGAACUCCCUGAUCGUGUGCAACAGUUAUUCGAACAGAGCCGGUGCUUGGUCCCGAGCAUCGUACAGCGGCCGUUAUUCCCAUAGUUAUGGUUCUAUCGAGACGAAAAGGUAUCUAGAGUUGACUACGUGAUGGCUGCAGCCAUUCAAUGACACACGGACAGGAAAAUCUCGGACAGGGUCGUGCCCGGCAGUAUUGUCAUGCUUCGUGAGUCUAACUCAACGUUUGGGAAAGCCUCUUCGGUCGUAUUUACGAGGGUCGAAAGAUUUAUAACGGAAUACGUUUUGAUUCUCUCGUUUAGUAACAGAUAGUAACUAAUGAAUAAAAAUGAUUAAAAAGAAACGCAAGGUUAUCGAUGCCGAGGAACAAAAUUAUUGAAAAAUGCUUAAAUUGAAAUAAUUUUAAUAAUCGAAAUAAUUUUAUACAUUACCAGUCGAAACUUUGAAACUGAUACGAGUUUUAUUAUUUUAGAAAACUUUUUGAUAAAAAAUUGUACGCGGUAGAAAUGGGUUCACGUGUGAAAUAUAAUUCUUAUUUAUUUAACUUGUGUUUACAUGAUAAAUACAUUGAAUAGAAUUAAUUUGCUUAGCAGAAACUUUUAACUAUUCUUAUGCGGGUGAAAUUGCCUUACGAAUUCAUCUAACUCGAUUAUUGAGUAACCUAAAAGAAUUUAUCGUCACAAGGAAAGUGUCAAAAACAUUUUUAUCGAACGAUCGAAUUUAGGAUGUGUCGUUUCUUUAUGAGGAAGUAAAGAAA